AUGAGAUACAUGGAGAAUAGGAACAAUGUGACGGAGUUUGUUCUACUGGGACUCACACAGAAUCCAAAGAUGCAGAAAGUCGUAUUCAUUGUGGUUUUGAUCAUCUACAUCAUCUCUCUGGGAGGAAAUGUGCUCACCAUGGUCACCAUCACUACCAGCCCACUGCUGAAGUCCCCCAUGUACUUCUUCCUGGCCCAUCUCUCUUUUAUUGAUGCUUGCUACUCCUGUGUCAGUAUGCCUAAACUCAUUGCAGAUUCACUCCAUGAAAAGAAAACCAGCCCUUUCAAUGAAUGCAUGACCCAGAUCUUUGGGGAACAUUUCUUUGCAGGUGCUGAUAUCAUUGUGCUUACUUCGAUGGCCUAUGACCGCUAUGUGGCCAUCUGCAAGCCCUUGCAUUAUACAACUAUCAUGAAUUGGCAGCUAUGUUGGCUGUUAGUGGGAGUGUCAUGGGUAGGAGGCUUUCUUCACGCAACCAUACAGAUCCUCUUCAUCUCCAGACUACCCUUCUGUGGUCCUAAUGUCAUUGAUCACUUUAUGUGUGAUCUGAACCCUUUGCUGGAUCUUGCCUGCACUGAUACCCACACUCUAGGGCUCUUCGUUGCUGCCAACAGUGGUUUCAUCUGCCUGUUAAUCUUCCUCCUCUUGAUUGGCUCCUAUACAGUCAUUCUGCACUCUCUACGGACCCAGAGAUUAGAGGCAAGGCAAAAAGCCCUCUCCACCUGUGUCUCUCACAUCACAGUGAUCGUCUUAUUCUUUGUUCCCAGCAUAUUUGUGUACAUGAGACCAUCAGCUAAUUUACCUGUUGAUAAAGCAGUUGCUGUGUUCUACUCUAUGAUAGCUCCCAUGUUAAAUCCCUUAAUCUAUACCCUGAGAAACUCUGAGAUGAAAAAUGCCAUUAGGAAAUUUUGUAGUAGGAAAGUGAUUUCAAGUGAUCAAUAA